AUGCCACAAUGUUUGAACGAUGCAGCUACGGAAGACACAUCCACGCAAAAAAAAGGCUUGCUUACUGAUGGGUCGGCGCCUAUUCAACGGAAGAAGGACGAUGAUAGUAUGGAAUUGUAUUCUCCAUCUACUGCACACGAUUCGGGGCAUGAGUCUGACUAUGAGUGCGACGGCCCGCAUUCUAUCAAUUCUUCCAAAUCCGAAACAGCAUCGGCCGUGUCACCAUACAUGGGCACACUGGAGAUGCUUAAACGACCACACACUGACUGGGAGCUCACGGAGGAGGCCAAAAGAAUCUAUGCUCAAGUGGCUUUAGUGGAAAAGACUUGCAAAGCGCAAUUAUCACACACCAGAUGGCAGGAACUGAUUUCUUGGCACCAACUAUUGCUUCAAAAACAGCAGGAGUUUUUUCUUGCAUCUCAACAUCACUCUGCAAGUUCUGAAUUGAGGCUCAUUGCCGAGAAAUAUGCUAUGCCGGCGCGAAUGUGGAAAUAUGGCAUUCAUAACUUCCUGAACCGACUUAAGGAAAAUUUGCCAAGCACGCUGGAUUACAUACGGAGCUUUAUCAACUUCGCGAUUUCCAUAAUUAUGCCACUACUGAAAAAUGCCCCAGACUUUAACGGGACCUGGACCGAAUGUCUCGGAGAUUUAGCACGUUAUCGCAUGGCCAUGGAAGAGUUCAAUAUGAAAGACCGGAAAGUUUGGGCUGCAGCGUCGCGAUAUUGGUAUAACCAAAACGCUGGUAUGAGCCCUACCAUCGGCCGCAUCCAGCAUCAUCUUGGAAUUCUAUCCCGCGCAAACCCUCUCCAACAGCUUUUUCACUAUACCAAAGCGCUAGUGAGUGUCAGUCCUUUUCCCGAUACCCGAGAUGUUAUGGAGCUCCUUUUCAGUCCAUAUCGUGAACUGGACAUGGCUUCAAGUCAGCAUACAAUGACCACGGCAUUCCUUGCUACCCAUUGCGCCUUGUACCAUGGACAACCAGCUGAUGAGUUCUUUACUUUGGCAACUCAUUUCCUGUUGCUCUUGCGAGAAGAGGCUGUUCAGGACCAAACCGGAGUUUAUAUCAUGUCGUGUAAUUUUGCUGCAAUACUUCAAUAUGGCGACCCUGAAGCUAUUGUAGCUUUGGAACUUACUCAGGAAGAUGGCGAGUCAGUUUCAUUCAAGGACGCUCGCGGUCUAACACCCUCCAGCGUCCAUCUCCAUCCAAUGGCCCAACAAGGCGCUACCCUCUCUUUCAAGACACUAUCCAUACUACUCGACUCCAUUAAGGGUGGUGGUGUAUCUUCAUGUGCGCAUAUUUCUUUGUCAUUCAUCUGGGGUCUAGCCCUACGUCCAAAGGCCAUGCAGCGACUCCAGGAAUUCAUCCCAUGGGCCAGCAUCGCGAGGUUCCUCAACACACUCAUUGGCCCCGACAUAAUUUUCGACAAGAUUGAAGACAGAGCAUUCCCACUGUACAAGGGGGCAGCUCGUUACUUCCCGGAAGAUUUUCUUAUUCGUGGUCUAACCUGGAGCCAACUCUAUUAUCCCCACGACUUUUUCCAAGAGACCGCUUCGACGAAGGAAAAGUCGGUUAUUGAAGAUCCUUCCAUUGGCAUCUCUCGUAAGCACAGGUGCCUCUGGCUAGGCGUCCGCAUAGUAACAGCAACUUCCGGUCGCUGGAUCAUCUAUAACCAUCGGAAAUUCGAUAUCACUCAAGUGUGCGGUUAG